GUGGGUUUUCCGUUUUAUGUUCGCGGGAGGGGGAGUGUUGGUUUCUCUGAUUUGGCGGCUGUGUGUAUCCUCCAGAAUGACCCUGCACCUCUACCAGCUAUUGCUUUAAAGGUGGAACCUUGUUAUUGAUGAAGUGUUUCUACCAUGGCAUUGGAGAAAGUUAUCCAGGAUGCACUGACCCAGUUUAUUCAACUGCAUAUCCCGGAUGCUGAUCUCAGUGUGAUGGAUGAGGUGAUUCUCUCCUAUAUCACCAGUGUACUGGAGGAACUUGGAUCUCCAGACUCAUCUGAAGAGAACUUUGAUGUGGAAAUGUUUGUGGAAAUGAUGGCGGCUUAUGUCCCAGGCUUCGCAGAGAUAAGCAGUGUCACUAUCUGCGAGAUGAUGUUUGAUUUGGCUGCACGUUUGGUAGAAGCUCGUAACAAAGAAAAUGUUCGUCCCCUGACUGCUUCUCCAGAUCAUGAGUCCUUUUCAAAGGAACUGGCAAGUAGCAGAGAAGACAAGAAAUCAGCAGACCCGGAAAGCAACCCAGUGGCAGGAGAGGGAGCCAGUGCAAAGGUUAGGCUACCUCCAGAUUAUUAAAGGAACUGGUUGUGU